AUGCUGUUGCCAUUCCUGGCGACUUCAGCAUUCCUCCACCUGACUGAGAGCGUGGACAUCACGCAGGAAUGGACCAAGUACUAUUCGGCUACCGGGGCUGAGGUUCGGCUACGCUCCAUGGUUCCUGACCACGAUGAAAACUACUUCGUCUGUGGGUAUGGCUCAGGCUCCUUCCUCGAUAAUUCUACGGCUGUCGGAAUGAUUGAUGCAAUCCUCGCAAAACUUGAUGCUUCAGGGAACCUUCUCUGGAGCCGUCAGUUUGGCACUGGUGAUGAUGACUAUGCGGAGAGUGUUGCAGUGAGGCACAGCGGCAUCUACGUCGUAGGAAACACCCGUGGCGUCAUGCCAGGGCAAGAGAAUGCUGGUUGGGCCGACGGUUUCAUAAAGGCUUUUGACAUCUCGGGCAAUGAGGCGUGGACUGUGCAGUUCGGAUCCAGCAUGAAUGAUUAUCCACGGGUUGUGAAGACAAGCCACAUCGGACAUGUGGUGGUGGCCGGCCACACCUACGGAGGGCUUUACAACACGGUCACUGCUGGAGCUGCCGACAUGUUCGUUGUGAUGUAUGCCUCGAACGGAAACCGGAUUUGGCGUGCCCAAAGAGGAAGUAGUGGAAACGAGUUCGCGUGGGCAAUGGACCUUGACACCAGCAAUGACGUGUACAUUGCCGGGGACACCAGUGGUAAUCUGGACGGCCAGACAUUGGUUGGAAGCGAGGUCUCCAACUCAACCUGGGAUGUUGCCCUCAUCAAGUACAAUCUCGAUGGAACUGAGAUCUCCGGGGCGCAGGUGGGCGGUGCAAGCGAGAUCUGUGGGUACGACCUGAAGCCAGCGUUUGCGGGAGGUUGGUUCGCAGCGGCUCGCUUUAAUCCCACAUCCGAAUCGGUUCCGACACACUUCGCAGUGUUGAAGUUCGAUGAAAACUUAGCCCAUGAAUAUACCUUCUCGGCCGGGUGCAACGACGGAACGUCGCUCGGAUGGGUGGUGGAGCCUCAUUGGAACGGCUCUCUCAUGGCCGCUGGCUAUACGAACUGUGCAGUUGCACCCGGUUCGGAUGGGCCUACCGAUGGCAACCACGACAUGUUUCUGACGAAGUUCGUGCCUGGCUCACCGACAACAAGCACCUCCACAACAUCAGCAGGAGAGACCAGCACCACGGUCUCUUCAGUCACAGCGGAUGGUUCACAGGGGCCAGGCAAUGCCACGAGCACUUUGCCCGACGGGAUCUCAACCGAUUCCUCAAUGUCAGCUGUUGCGGGCAGCGUAGUUGUUUUUCUCUUGGCGUCGCAGGUGUGA